ACCUUGACAGUGGACACAUAAGGGACGUUUGUGUAACUUCAGUGUCGAGGAAUUCGCCUGCGCUUCACUGUCUGCAUUAACGGCAGAGGAUUUGGCUGUGUUGAUAAAGUGUAACCGCUCCUUCACUGGUUCCAGAACCGUCUGGAAGCUGCUCCUCUCUAAAGCCUCUGCGGUGCUCGAAAACUCACUGGAUCUUCUUGCCAGCAUGACACUGGACCCCAGGCAUACUGCAGUGUCAUUGGUUCUGGAUGCUGUGCGAGAAAUCAGAUUGGAUGCUUCGACCCUUUACAAUGAUUCUGACUUCAUCCAGCUGUGGUUCAACCGCAGGCUCCGCCCGUUCCUGCCCGCCAUGUCCACAGACUUCCUGUCAUGCCUCAGCACAAAGAAUCUGAGCUGCAGCACUUAUCAGGACAUUGUGCAGAUUUUAAGUGGUCUCCAGAUGAACAUGUCAUUUCCCCUCCAGAUGUCUAUCUACACAAAUUUUAUUAAGGGUUUCCUCACCAGGAAUGAAACAGCAGACCCCGGCUGCAGCAUGCACCCUCCCAACAGUGGAGAAUGGAUAAAGGAAAACCUUGGCGGGUUCUCUGCUCUUUUGUCUUUUAAUGACCUACAGAUGCUGCACCCCAACUUCAAUGUGAUGGAAGCCUUGCCACAGCUGACAGUCAGACAGCUAGCAGAGGUCGCCUCCACACCGGGACAGCUCACCUCUCCUGCCCAGGUUACCAUAGUGACGGACCAACAUCCCCAAUCACCUCCUCGCUGCCUCUUCGAUGACCUUUCCGCUGGGAUCAUGAGUCAUGAGACCGUGUUCCCCGCUGCAGUGAGGUCAGCGAUGUUACAAGUUGUCUACGAUCGCGCAAACCUCUCCGAUCACUCUGUGAGUGAUUCAGUCGUGUCAGUGUGGCUCCAGAAACGUCUGCUCCCCCUGUUGGUUAGCUUGUCACCACAACAUGUCAUGCCGUUCUUUAAAAUAUUAGCAAGGAGGAACUGCAGCAUCGAACAGCAGGGCAUCAAAAUUCUGAAUUCAACGAUUGCAACUCUUGGUGGAGAUACCAAGAGGGAAAUCUACAACCACAUCAUUUGGAGUCUUAAAGGAUCACCCCCUCUACGCUGCUAUGGUGAUAACUACAAUCACAGUUUCUACGUUUUCCUAGAGCAGUCAUUCUUGGGAUUUCAGUUCCCAAAUUUGACCACCUUCCUGUCCCUCAUGCCUGAGAGCAAAAUGCAUCUGCUGCUGAACUCUAUGGCUCCAUCAGAUCUUGGUCAGUUCCUCCGGCGGCCAGGGAUUAUUGAUGAUGACAUGCAGCUCUGUAUUAUCUACACUAACUACAUGAAGACGCCAGAGUUCAUAGAGCAAGAGGAUCUCCCAGCAUUGGUGCGGCGGCUCACGUUGCCUUGCAUCUGGCCCAUGGCUCUCAGCAGUUCCAAAAGGUCAGAGGUCAAUGCCUGGUUCGACCUACGCCUUCCAAAGUACAUGGUCUUCCUCACGAAGCAUCUUUUGGCCUCCAGUACAACACAGAAUGCCUCCUGCUUGGCCUUCCAGAAGCUUGUCUCAGUUCUUGGGAAAUACAACUACAGUGUGUCAGACUUUACGAGACAAGAUGUUUUCAUCACCAUCAAAGCCUACCUCACCUCAGUGACCUUGCCAAAGUGCUACAAUGACAGCGACCCAGAUCUAAACUCCACAGCCUGGUUUGCUGAGUACAUUGGCUCCUUUAUGUCCUUCCUCACUCUGGAAGAUCUUCAGACAUUCGGAUCUGCAGAGGUUAUAAAGGUGUUCACAGUGAACCCUCAAAACAUAGCCCUGCUCAACCACUCUGUGCUCCCGCGGAACCUCACCGACUACUACACUGAGCUCAUCUAUCUGCAGGACAGCAAGUUCAACCCCCUGCUCCUUCCUCUGUUGUGUCGGUGUGCUGCUCCUCCUUCAGCUUUCAUGCAGCUGGAUGCAGCAGAGUCUAAAAUUAUUCUGCAAAACCUGACUGUUUGUACAGACGUGGACCCACAGGUUUUUGCUGUUUUGGCAUAUAACUUUGGUGAUGACAUUGAUGUUUCCUCCAUCACUUCCCUCGGCAAUGAAAGCGUCAGCUUAUCAACUGGCCAAAUCCAAAAGAUAAAACCUAAGGACCUGCAAGAUUCCCUUGAUGUUCUCAGCAAAGUGACAGGCUGGAAUCAAGGCCAGGCAUGGGCCAUUGUUCAAAUUCUGAUGUCUACAGGAACAAUGCAGAUUAACAGCUCAUCAUCUUUGCUUACACUCGGAUCUCUCGUUGUGGGCGUUCCCGCCUCAGUGUUCAGCAGCAUCGAUGGCUCUCAACUGCUUUCCGCCUCCAAAGAUCCAACAUUAGUGGAAUACAUGAUGCAGGCUCCAGCGAUUGUCCAGGAGACUUUUGUUGCCCAGAUCAUUUCAUUGAACAACAACAGUGAGGCGAUCAUCUGGAACGUUCCAGAUGAAAUGGCAACUGAGAUACCUCGGUCUUUGUUGUUGGGUUUCUCAGACAACAUCACAGUUUUAGACAAACUCAACAGAAAGAAAUGGAAAAGACAACAGGCUGAGCUAUUCUUCGAGGUCAUAGCCGUGCAAACUGCAACUACAGCUCUGGGAGGUCCCAACAAUUUGUCGUCAUCUGUGCUGCAAGGGUUCACGUGCACUAAAGUGUCGACAUUUCAAAUGGAGCAUAUCACGAAGCUGAUCAAAGCCUGUAGGAGGAAAGGGAAGGAUAAAGUCCCACUGGUCGAGACUCAGCUGACCUGCAUGUACAACUAUAUUAAAGGGCAACCAGAUGCCACCAGCUAUGAGCUCUAUCCUCCAGAUAUGUUGCUGUAUUACAAUUACUCGCUGGUGUCUAGGGACAGUUGCAGGUCUUAUUUUGUACAGCUUGCAGCUGCAGACUUCUCAGUCUUCUCUGAAGCCCUCAGCUACAAACGCUCAGAACUGUUUACUAAUGCCAAGAGUUGCCUGGGGAUAACAAAUACGACUUUGAGUCCUGAUAAUAUAUUGGUUUUGGGCAACAUGUGCUGCAUUUUGGAUGGCUCUUACAUUGAGAACUCAGACUCUUCCAUCAUAGAAAAACUGAAGAACUGCCCAGACUUAAGCAGUGCUCAAGUACAAGCGAUUGAAACUCUACUGCAAAGUGGGACAUCUCAGUAUGGACCUCCAUCGACAUGGAAUGAACAAACAUUGAAGGACCUUGGGAUGUUACCACUGUAUUUGUCUUCAGACUUCUAUGGCCACUUCGAUAAAAAAACAAAGAAAGCAUUCUUGAAAUACUUUCUAAGAGUUCUUAAGCAAGUCGGAGUAGACCGGUCAAAGAUAAGGCAGAUGAAGAAUGCAAUUAUGAAAUCCCUUAGAAAAAAGUCCAAGCGGUCUGUAGGAAGUGACUGCACUGUAGGAGAGAUCACCGACGUGACAAUCAGCGAUUCAACAUUUCCCUUCAACUAUGAUGACAUAACUCAAUUCAACAACUGCCUCAGUGCUUUGGUGGUCAAAAACAACUUGGCUUCCAUCACUGCAAAGGUGGACCAGGUGGAUUACCUCAGGAUAAUUCUCAACAAGCUGAAUGAGGCCUAUGCUAACUCUAGCAUUCCAGAGGAUCAAGUUCAGCUGCUGGGACCAGCAUCUCGCGUGGCCACUAUUGAUGACAUAAACAUGUGGACAAUCACAAAAAUUGACACACUGUCUGCAUUGAUGAAUCCUUCAGAUGGGGCAUGGGAUCCAAACCUGGCUAAAGCUGUCAUCUCCAAAUAUCUCAGCAAGGAAGGAAACAAACUUGAUAGUAAUGCAGUCAAUGCCAUUGGAGGAGACAAUCUGUGUUCCCUGGAUGUUGGAGUUCUGAAGAACAUCUCGCAAGAAAGCCUCAAAAUGGCAAAUGCCCUGUCAUUGGACAAAUGCACCAUGGAUCAAAAACAAGUGCUUUUUACCAUUGCCACAAAUGCCUUCUCUGCAAAUUGCGCAACUAUCUCUACAACCACUUAUCAGCUGUUGCAGUCAUACAUGGGGGGUGCAGCGUUGGAUAAUGUUCAAUGUUUGCUGACUGCCAAUGUCAGCAUGGACAUGGCUACCUUCACCAGGCUGAAUGAGAGCGUUGUAUUGGCACUGACUGUUCCUGAGGUUAAGGACCUUCUUGAUGCCAACUUGCCACAGUUGAGACCAUAUGAGAACCAAUCACUGGUGCAGCAAUGGAUCAGAAAGCAGGAGCAGUCAGAGCUUGAUAUACUGAAUUUAGGUCUUAUUGGAGGAAGAGUCACCGCUAUCCCCACAUCUUCCACCAACACUACGGCUACCGCUAUCCCACCAUCUUCCACCAACACUACAGCUACCGCUAACCCACCAUCUUCCACCAACACUACGGCUACCGCUAACCCACCAUCUUCCACCAACACUACGGCUACCGCUAACCCACCAUCUUCCACCAACACUACGGCUACCGCUAACCCACCAUCUUCCACCAACACUACAGCUACCGCUAUCCCACCAUCUUCCACCAACACUACAGCUACCGCUAACCCACCAUCUUCCACCAACACUACAGCUACCGCUAACCCACCAUCUUCCACUAACACUACGGCUACCGCUAACCCACCAUCUUCCACCAACACUACAGCUACCGCUAUCCCACCAUCUUCCACCAACACUACAGCUACCGCUAUCCCACCAUCUUCCACCAACACUACGGCUACCGCUAACCCACCAUCUUCCACCAACACUACGGCUACCGCUAACCCGCCAUCUUCCACCAACACUACGGCUACCGCUAUCCCCACAUCUUCCACCAACACUACGGCUACCGCUAACCCACCAUCUUCCACCAACACUACAGCUACCGCUAUCCCACCAUCUUCCACCAACACUACAGCUACCGCUAACCCACCAUCUUCCACUAACACUACGGCUACCGCUAACCCACCAUCUUCCACCAACACUACGGCUACCGCUAUCCCACCAUCUUCCACCAACACUACGGCUACCGCUAUCCCACCAUCUUCCACCAACACUACAGCUACCGCUAACCCACCAUCUUCCACCAACACUACGGCUACCGCUAACCCACCAUCUUCCACCAACACUACGGCUACCGCUAUCCCCACAUCUUCCACCAACACUACGGCUACCGCUAACCCACCAUCUUCCACUAACACUACGGCUACCGCUAACCCACCAUCUUCCACCAACACUACGGCUACCGCUAUCCCACCAUCUUCCACCAACACUACAGCUACCGCUAACCCACCAUCUUCCACUAACACUACGGCUACCGCUAUCCCCACAUCUUCCACCAACACUACGGCUACCGCUAACCCACCAUCUUCCACCAACACUACGGAUACCGCUAUCCCACCAUCUUCCACCAACACUACAGCUACCGCUAACCCACCAUCUUCCACCAACACUACAGCUACCGCUAACCCACCAUCUUCCACCAACACUACAGCUACCGCUAACCCACCAUCUUCCACCAACACUACGGCUACCGCUAUCCCCACAUCUUCCACCAACACUACAGUUACCGCUAUCCCACCAUCUUCCACUAAUAUUACAGCUACCACUAAGCCUACAGGCAGCACUGGCUCUACCUCUACCUCCAUCACCACCACAUCAUCAACAGCUAGUCCUGGUUCUGGAUCUGGCAGCACCACUGGGAGACCUUCUACCACCACAGGUAGCAACUGUGAACGUAUGCGAGCAGACGUCAGCUUCUCUCUUCUCGUUUUCCUCACUCUCCUCAUUGCACUCUGCAAUCAAGGCGUAUGACUCUGGUUCAUAUAAAUGGUUCAUGGAAGAUUUCUUUUUAAUUUUACUGCUAAUAACAGGAAGUGUCAAUGAGACUUUUUAAUGCUUUAAACAGUUAAAAAUGACAUUGUUAGAUGCUACUUUGCAUUGUUUCCAAUGUAAAAAGAAAAUUCUCCAAGUGCAAUUACUGUAUAUGUAUGUAUAUAAUCAUUAUUCAUUUGGUGUGGAUCCAGAUCGAGACUUUGGUCUUAAAUUAUGUUGUUGUGUUUAAUCCUGAUUCCUUUGAUUCUGCUAUGCAGUUCAAAUUCAAUUCAGUUGAAUGUUCAAAUUCAGAUCAAGAGCAAAAGUCAACAGCAUGACCGUAGAUGAACAAUUUGAAUCAAAGAUCAGAAUUAAAGAUGAGCACUCAGGAUCAAAGGCCACAAACAUGAUCAAAGACGAGUGAUCAUGAACAAAGGCAAAGCCCAUAGGUCAGGAAUUAGAAACAUAUAUGAGCCAUGGUGGAUGAUUGCACACUGUUGAGUACCAUCCUGUUUGAUUUGAUCUUCAGCAACAAAUAUGCACAAUUGCACACAUUUUCAUAUUUUACCUCACAUAUGUGAUUUUACUGUCUUUUUGUUAAAUUACUGAUAUGUGAAAAUGCAGAUUCUUCUGAAAAAUUGAGACACUUUUUUGUAAUAAUGUUGCUUAAUUCUUUAAUCCGCUACCACUUUUCUCUCCCAGAUAGCAAAUGAGCUGCAUGUUUGAUGUUACAUCAUUAAUAAAUACAGUAACACGUUGUAUUAUCA